AAGUUUUGAACUUUGAUUCUUUCCUUGUCUGUUAUAAAACGAGUCAAUUCUUGUCCAACAGCCUGCAUUUGACUUUUCUGCCACCAUUCCCACACAGCUGCAACGCUAUGUGGUUUCUCCAGGAUCUACCACUCUGCUAAAAGUUCGCCUCUCUCUCUCUCUCUCUCUCUCUCUCUCUCUCUCUCUCUCUCUCUCUCUCUCUGGCACCUUUCACUCCCUCUUAUGCCUCCAUGUCCACGCCUCUCCUGUGAACUGAAAGUGGAAGUCCCAAUGCAUCCAAAGUUGGUCACGACCGGCUCAUCAGCGACCGGAGACUUCCCUGUUCGACGAACGGGCGUGUGAUGCGAUAACCCGAUAACAAUCAUCAAGAACUUGACUUCUGCAGAUAGUUACCUCAAUCAGAAUGGGCUGCAUUUCCUCAAAAGUUGUAUCACGGUCAAUUAGCUACAGAGAAGAGCUGAAUCAGGGUUCGCGGAGUACCGGAAAAUCCAUAGUAGCGCUGGAAGAUAUAUUCAGCUCUAACAAGGGCAGUGACCAAUUCCUCACGCUUGUUUGUACUGCUAACACGGUAGCCAACCGGCUCCGGUGUGAAAGUAUCAAUUCAGAGUCGAAAACAAGCCCCAGAUCAACCAAAGCUACUUUUGAGAUCGAUAGAAAUUGUGAUUGCUCAGCAGUUUCAGAAGGAGGAACAGAAGGAAAUCGCCCGAAGCCAGCAAUUUCUCAGCUCUUCCAUGAAGAUUCAGAAUCCUUUAUUGUUGAACCUCCUAAACGGUCCAGAAGUUGGCAUUCAUUUUUUGAAGAAGAGAUGCCUUCAGCUAAUGCUGAGAACUAUGGCAAGAGUAGAGAUAGAUCCGAGUGGGAGUACAAAGGUGUAGGUCGUUCAAGAAGCUUUCAUACGGUUGAGGAAUAUGAUGCACUGCUGGCUAGGAUUUUGUCAACAAGCGUUUCUCAUGAUGAUUAUGUCGCAGAGAACCAAGAGAAAACACCACACACUGAAUCUUCAAUGCACAGCGAUCAGAACAAGUACAAUAUCAAGACAGAGGAUAGAGCACCACAGAAUGAUGAUGUUUUGGUGGACAAGAACAUUGCAAACGAUGAACCUGUCAUAGAUUACUCGAUCACGGUAUUGGUGUCAGGAUCAGAAACCAAAGAAGUGAUCCCAAGUUCACUGGAGUCCCGCACAAGCGAUAAGUUAAUUGCCAAAGAUGAUGUUGCUCAAGAAGAGAGAUGCAUGAUAGAGAGAGGAUUCAAGAGAAAGGUCAUUGCAAGAGGGCUUGAAUCGCUUGCAAUCCCAAGCACGGUUGAAUUGCCAGCAGUUGCAAGCUUAAGGGAAUGGCUCCCUGCAAGAGGGCAAGUCUACUCUCCUGGAACCUACACAACUCCUAAGUUUGGCACCUAUUCUUUACCGGAGUCGGAGAAUCUAAGCGAGGCCACCGAGGACAACAUCUUCACCAAGGAAUUGGUGCUCGCCAUUGAGGAGCACAUGCAAGAACUAGAAGCAGAAGAAGAAACAAUUCUCAAACAAAUUGCAGACAAAUGGGAACGGGAAGGUGCCAAGGAGAAUCUAGAUGAAGUUGCUACAACCUAGAGAGAUGAAAUUUUUUUUUUUUUUUAUUUUGUGGAUUUGGAUAUUAAGCAAGUGUAUGGUCCAAGUUAGAGGAGAAUUUAGGAUUGUCUCUUAAGAAAUUAGUGCCUUCGGGUUGUAAGAUACAUUGAAGUGAGAAAUAUAUCUUAAAAUGAAAAACGAAAAAGGGACUGUAAGCACACUCAUGCUAUUCGUCAAAUGCACUGCUUCAUCCAGCUGCAGCUAUAGUCCAUGAACAUGAAUGUUUCACAACUCCCGUCUGAUUAAAAGAUCCAAAGGGGCAUUUACAGGUCCUGCAAUUAAAAUCAUGACUUUUUAAAAGUAUGUUUCAAUGAUGACUACCUCAUCACUAAAGAAAGUUACUCAUACUACUAGAAGAAUCUGAAUAUGACAUUUGUCCUUCAGUAUUAGACAUGGACCUGAUAAUCUCAACUAUGCAUGGAGACAGCAGUUCGCCGAGGGCUACAAUCACAGCACGGAUCAUUUUCAGAAGAACAUAAAAAGGAGUUCUACUACAGUAUGU